GAUGAUGUUGUGCUGGCUCUGACAACUGCUGGGACAGUGAAGGUAUGGACCCUGACGGGGAAGGAGACAAAGGGAUCAGAGCCUCUGUUUGAAAAUGAGAGCAAGGAACUUCGAGCUCUGAAUGCUCUCUUCAUGACCUGCUGUAUCUACAAUCAGCGCAUUGUUCUCAUUGUCUGUUCUAAAUAUUGGCAGAUCUAUGAUGCAGGGGAUUUCUCACUCCUUACAUCAGUGGUGAGUCGGAGAGGAGACCGCUGGCUAGGUGGUGAUUUCCUCACCAAUGACCGAGUUAUUCUCUGGAGUGAUUCAGGUCAUGCAUUCGUCUACCAGCUCCCUGCCAACUGCAACGUGGACAGCAAGGACUUUCACAACCGGGGUGCCGAUGGGGAGGAACCCUUCCUGUAUUGCAUGCUCUCUCCUCCUUCCUCACGAAUACUUGAAUGUCCACCAGCCUUCCAAUAUGUGGUGGUUCCUUCAAGGGGCCAGUUGCAGAAGUACCUGCUGCGAGGGGACUGCGAUGGCCGCCUUGCCCUCUGGGUCAUCCCAGAAGUCCCCAACAAGGACCUGGCUCAGAUCAAACAGGAAACCUUUGAGGCUCCUCCUGAAGUGAAGCCUGUUUAUUCACUGAGCCUUCAGGAUGCAUGGGAUGCCAAGCAGCCACCUCCACCAGGCAUAUUGGAUCAGCUUGAAAAGUUGGAGAGUCCUGCACCAGCACUCACAGCCACCAUCUACCUCCCACAACAGGGACGGCUAGUCUGCGGGCGAGAAGAUGGCCACAUCUUCAUUGUCCCUGCCACACACACUGUCAUGCUUCAGGUCUUCCAUGGGAGACAUCAGUCCAUUGAAGGCUGGCCCCCUCACCAAGUUUUGUAUGGGCACACGGGGAGGGUGACAUGCCUGCUGUAUCCCCAUCAUGCGCACUCACGCUACGAUGUGAAUCAUCUCGUGUCUGGUGGGGUGGACUUCUCUGUCUGCCUCUGGGACCUGUUCUCAGGGGCUCUGUUGCAUCGCUUCUGUGUCCAUGCAGGGGAGGUCACCCAGCUCCUUGUCCCACCACAUAACUGCAGUACUCGAGUGCAGCAAUGCAUCUGCAGUGUAGCCAGUGACCACUCAGUCACCCUUUUGUCCCUGAAGGAGAGAAAGUGUAUCCUACUGGCAUCCCGGCAUAUUUUUCCCAUCACAGCCAUCAAGUGGCGACCCUUGGAUGACUUCAUGGUUGUUGGCUGCUCAGAUGGAACCGUCUACAUCUGGCAGAUGGAGAGCGGUCACCUCGAUAGAGUGAUUCAUGGGAUGAAUGCUGAGGAGACCCUCUCAGCAUGUGAUGAAAAUGCCAACGUCUCCAUGAGUAGUGAAGGUGGAAUGGCCAAUCCAGCCAUCCAUUUCUUUCGUGGUCUCAGGCAUCGGAACCUUGCUGCCAUUCGUCAUGCUGCCCAGAGGGGUCUGGACAAGCUGCAGGGCCCAGUACAGUCAUCAAUCCCUGAUUCAGUGGACUUCGAGAGGAUGCGGGGAUGUCCACUGAUGAUCCAGGGGCUGAAGACGAAUCCACAGGAUGCUGAUGCCCAUGUUCUCUUCUUUGACAUUGAGGCAUUGAUUAUCCAGCUGCUGAGUGAGGAGUAUCGCCUCAUGAGCCCAAACACAAUGGAGUCCCAUGGGCUCAUCCAGCAGGCUGAGUACAUGAAAGUUCUUGCUCUCACCCAGAGUGGCUCUCCUGAUGCCCAGCACAAAAUCGUCGAUUUCCUGGGCCGUGUGAAGGACAAGGCGGAGAAUAUGGAGAAGCGGCUGAAAGAGAAGGAUAUGCCUACUGCAGUGGACAUCCAAGGGUUCCUGGCCAAAGUGAAGGAAGGAGCCGAGUCAGUUCAGCAAAAGAUCCAGGCCAAGGCAGAGAGUUUGGGCCGCAGAGGUUCUCAGGGAGAUGGUGAUGCUGCCGUCAAAGGGUGCACCUCAUGUCGCCUUUCACUGUCAGAAAUCUGA